UUUAGUUUGACAGCUCACACACUUCUUCCUUCUGGACCCGGAAAUAGAAAAGGGGGGUCUGUUGUGGUUAAAGUUUUGGCGUAAAGAGUGUUGGAAGCUGAUCGUUUCGCCGCUGUUAAUUGACACUUAAUACCAAAAAGAGCAUCGGAGUUCUUCCAAGACGAGCUGCAGCGUUGGACUUUUAAGGAAUCAUGGACUGUUCGGCGCUGGAGCUCGAUGCCAUCAAAUUCGCUAAAUGUGCUGUUAUGUAUGAUCAGAAAGGGAAGCACAACGAGGCGGUCUUCUACUAUAAGGAGGCAGCCCAGGCUCUCAUCUACGCAGGCAUGGCUGGGUCUAAAUUGGAGAACAUUCAGGACAAGGUGAACGAAUACCUGGAUCGAGUUCAGGCUCUUCACGCUGCAGUUCAGGCCCAGAGCAGUGACCCACUUAAGUCCAAGCACCAGCUGGACCUGGAGAGGGCCUACUUCCUGGUUACACAGGCCUUUGACGAGGAUGAGAAGGGCAACAGUGAUGAGGCCAUCGAGCUGUACACUCAGGCCGUGGAGCUCUGCAUACAGGCAUCCAAUGAGACGUCCGAGCAGGAGCUCCAGGGGAAGCUGAAGCAGCUGGCUCACCAGGCGCUGGAUAGGGCUGAGGGUCUGAAGGAGUCCAUGUCAAAAGCCAAAGCCGCCUCUUCCACCAAAGAUAAGUCCGCCACCGGCGGGGGAGCAGCCAAGGCCAGUGGCCAGACGAGGCAGUACCUGCCCCUGGGACCGGACUUUUCCCUCCAUGACCGGCCUCAGCCCUCCAGGCCGGUCCAGUCUGGCGAGCCCCAGGGCCAGCGCUACACGGCGGAGGAGAUUGAGGUGCUCAGGACCACGUCUAAGAUCAAUGGUAUUGAAUAUGUCCCCUUCAUGAGUGUGGAUCUUAAGGAGAGAUUUGCAUUCCCCAUGCCAUUCUCAGACAAACGUGGCAAGCUGGCCCUUUCCCCGAAGCAGAAGGCAAUCUUCUCUCACUGGGUGCGACCUGAUGAGAUCUCCAACAACCCCACCAUGAUCUUCACCGUCUCCAGCUUCAGCAUAAAGCAGACCGUUGUUUCGGACUGCUCUUUUGUCGCAUCGUUGGCCAUCAGUGCAGCAUAUGAGAGACGCUACAGCAAGAAACUGAUCACAAGUGUCAUCUACCCUCAGAACAGGAAGGGGGAGCCAGAAUACAACCCUUGUGGGAAAUACAUGGUCAAACUGCAUAUCAACGGUGUUCCCAGGAAGGUGAUCAUUGAUGAUCUCCUGCCCGUGGACCGUAGCGGUGAGCUGCUGUGCUCAUACUCCAGCAACCGCAACGAACUGUGGGUGUCGCUCAUCGAGAAGGCCUACAUGAAGGUCAUGGGGGGCUACGACUUCCCAGGCUCCAACUCGAACAUCGACCUGCACGCUCUCACUGGCUGGAUCCCAGAGCGUAUCGCCAUGCACUCCGACAAUCAGGCCUUCAAUAAGGACGAUACCUUCCGAAUGCUUUACCAGAGAUUCCACAAGGGCCACGUCCUCAUCACCACGGCGACGGGCAUGAUGUCUGAAGAGGAGGGCGAGAGGUGGGGCUUGGUACCCACCCACGCCUACGCUGUGCUGGACAUCCGGGAUUACAAGGGCAUGCGGUUCCUCCAGCUGAAGAACCCGUGGAGCCACCUGAGGUGGAAAGGCCGCUUCAGCGAGCGGGACGAGAAGAACUGGACCCCCGAGCUGCUCAAGUACCUCAACUUUGACCCCAAAACCGCCCAGAAGUUUGACAAUGGAGUGUUCUGGAUCACGUGGGAGGAUCUCUGCCAGUAUUAUGAUGUCAUCUACCUGAGCUGGAGCCCCAGCCUCUUCAGAGAGUCUUCCUGCAUCCAUAGCAGCUGGGAUGCAAAACAGGGUCCGAUGAAGGAUGCCUACAGCCUGGCCAAUAAUCCUCAGUACAAACUGGAGGUGAUCUGUCCACAGGGGGGCGCUGCGGUCUGGGUGCUGCUCACCAGACACAUCACUGACAAGGAUGACUUUGCCCAAAACCGUGAGUUUAUCACCUUAGUCGUCUACAAAACCGAUGGAAGGAAAGUUUACUAUCCCAUGGACCCCCCUCCCUUCAUCGACGGGAUCCGAAUCAACAGCCCGCACUACCUGACCAAGAUAAAGCUCACCAAUGCAGGCACGCACACCUUCACGCUGGUGGUGUCCCAGUACGAGAAGCAGAAUACUAUCAACUACACACUGCGGGUGUAUUCUGGAUGCAAAUUCAGCUUCUCCAAGAUCCCCACCCCCUUCACCCAGUCCAAGAGGGUGAACGGUCAGUGGAAAGGCAUCAAUGCAGGUGGCUGUGGGAACUACAAGGACUCCUACCAACACAACCCCAUCUACCAGUUCAGCCUGGAGAAGUCUGGGCCCAUGCUCAUUGAGCUGAGGGGCUCCAGGCAGUACAGCGUCGGGUUCGAGGUUGUGAACGUGUCAACCGUGGGUGACCCAGGUGCAGCUGGAUUCCAGAAGAGGGGCAGCGGCGAUUAUCGAUGUGGCUUCUGCUACCUGGAUCUGGACCAUGUCCCCGCUGGUAUCUACAACGUCAUCCCUACCACCUUCCUGCCCAAACAGGAAGGACCUUUCUUCCUGGACUUCAGCAGCACCUCACCGGUGAAGGUCUCCCAGCUGCAGUGAUGGCCGGGCAUAUGAGCCGUGUGCCCGCCCCCCCCCACCGCCGGCCCCCACGCCAUAAGGGGCGAUACCUCGGCAGGGGUAACUCGCAGGACUACACCGCUCAUUAAUCAAAGAACUGAAAAUGGUGGAUGUUUCAUUACACCAAAAGAAAUGACUGAAAAAUGCAGCUUUAGACAAAGCGUUACAUGGGUGUGGUGACCACACUUCACCGCUGUAGUGGGUAAUUAACCAUGAAAACAGGGUAUUGGGCUCAUCAGUGACAUCCUUGGGCUACACGGCUGUGUCAGCCUCACUGAAUCUGAGGGUGUCGUGGCUCCACUGGAAAACCACAUAAUGCAGACCCCCCAUGCAGAAUAACCAACUGGUCAUGUCUUCUCAGGAGCCAAAAAGAAAUAUAUACAGGGAUUUUACACUUUUUUUUUUGGUUUGGUGCCCCCUUUACCCAGUUGUUAAACACAUGACAUCCGUUUUGCAUGUUGUCUUAUUGUUCAGCGUGACAUCAAGCCACAGGCCAGGGAUGAUGAUGUCAUUGCCAAGUCUUAGCACAGCUUCUAGCUUAGUGAGACAUGCCAUGAAGAGGACUUCAACCCAAAGACCUUCCUCAGAGCAUUACUUUUGUAUAAAGACUGUCAGUUGGGCGCCAAAUGCCCAAAAAAUGUUCCACCAGACAAAUCUUUUCUUGCCGGGACCCUUUACACCCCAACCAGGUGUGAUCCAUUUUGUCUCUCUGUCACAAACCAAUGAGCUAUGCCAUUAGACUCCCUGUCAGUGAUAUAUUUCCUCUCCCAGCUGUCUCUGAUCCUGCACAGGUUUUUCUUCUUACCCUCUUGUGCAGAGGGACACCGCUGUUCAUGAGGGGAAGUGUCUAAUAGCUCUUGCUGUAUCUGAGUACAGCUGAGAUCCAGCACUUAUUACUCUUAAGUCCAAAUCUCAGCAUGGAAUAUUGGGGCCUGUAAAUCCUAAUAUGUUCUCCCUAGAUGUCUCUACAAAUCAAUCAGCAAUAAUUUAGACCCUUGUUCCUGUUGAUGAGUUUUUGAGGAGAGACGUUUCUUGACUAUUGCAUCAUGUUUACAUGUAGGAUGGUUCCCUGCGACGCCUCUGUCAGUGCUGGUCUCUCACCUCCGCGUUUGACUGGUUUGUGAAUGGGGUCGCUAUCCUGCAGGCUGAAGUGCAAUAUACAGGGCCUGAUCCUGAAUGGAGAAGUGACUCUCGUGACCUUCGCUCGCAAUGGCAUCCGUGCUCUUAGGCCACUGGUGACAUUGGCUGGUCAGGACACACACACACCCGGAAAUAGCAUGGCUGAGCGGUGGGAUUGAAAUGGCGGGAGAUGCGGAAUAUCAUGUUUUAUAUACAAUUCAGGAAAAAAAAAAUUGAGACUGCUCCAUAUUUUUUAAGAAUCUGCAUUGUUAAAUUCUGGUUUAAUUCUGGUUCGGCUGGCAGAAGGCUACACUGAAGCCCUUCAUUAAUGAGAAGCAAAGAAGUUUGAAAAAAAAAAGGAAGUAUAUUUUAUACAGCAGUAUACCCAUAACUUGAGAAAGGAGUGAAACUGGAAAAUAUGCUGUGGUCUUUUAAUUUUUUCCAGAGCUGUAUAUAGAUCGAGCGUGUGUUCACACAGCCAGUCGAAAACAUGAGAGACGCAGCAGCUUGAUUCUGAAGCGCUGUGUGGCUCGGAAAACACUGCUGGGGAGCGCUGGUCAGGUGUGUGCGUGCCUUUGACCUGCAGUGUCCUCAAUGACUCGCAUAACUACGCAUAAUUACGGUAGAAGGCAGCGCCCUGGUCAGCCGCUCGUAGAUCCUGACGUCAGGAUCUAUGCAAUCUCUGACCCACCAAUCAGCAGUUGCCCAUUUAAACACCUCCCCCCCCCCCCCAAAUUCUUCUACUGCUGGAGCGAAACAGUUUGAAUGUGCGUGAUUUUGAUUGUCUCAUAUUCAUGCUGAUUUGGUGUCAAAGUUUGUAGUUUACAGCUCAUUUGCCUCUGUGACACUGCGCCGGCUGCUCAGGACUGACUUCGGAGGUAGCUGGGCCAUCGUUCCUUAGCAUCACUGAUUUGCAGCUUCAGUGUCAAGAAUCUUUGCACUAUGAGUGAAUAAACAAGCAAAGGGAAGUGAA